AUGGCUGCUCAUCCUUGGCAUGACCUUGAGAUUGGACCUGAUGCACCUGAAAUUAUAAAUGUUGUGAUUGAGAUACCAAAAGGGAGUAAAGUGAAAUAUGAACUUGACAAGAAAACUGGUCUGAUCAAGGUUGAUCGUGUAUUGUAUUCGUCGGUGGUGUAUCCCCACAAUUACGGUUUCAUUCCCCGAACGCUAUGCGAAGAUAAUGACCCGAUGGAUGUCCUAGUUCUUAUGCAGGAGCCUGUAGUACCUGGUUGUUUUCUUCGUGCCAGGGCCAUAGGAUUGAUGCCUAUGAUCGAUCAGGGAGAGAAAGAUGACAAGAUCAUUGCAGUAUGUGCAGACGAUCCUGAGGUUCGCCACUACACCGAUAUCAGCCAGCUUCCACCUCACCGACUUCAAGAAAUCCGCCGUUUCUUUGAAGAUUACAAGAAGAACGAGAAUAAGGAAGUAGCAGUGGAUGAGUUUCUGCCUUCAGCUACUGCUACAGAAGCCAUCCAGUACUCCAUGAACCUCUAUGCUGAGUACAUCUUGCAUACCUUGAGGAAGUAG